AUGACCUGCCCAAUUUAUGCGUGGGCAUGGAGCUCAAUGACAUUUAGCUGCGAGGAAAAGUUCACGACCUCAUAUACUGCAAUAUUCACACGGACCUCUGUUUUCGGCACUAAUCCUUCAACGACGACGACAACUGUCGCUUUCACGCCCAAUUUCGAUGCUAUCAAUGCGUUUCAAAUAGAAUAUGUGCCGGUAAAGACUUCCAAGGGGUUUAGGAGAAAAAGCCAUGGCUAUGCUUUAAAAACGGCUAAUCUAGAACAUGGACAUCUUCAGAUUACAAUGACGAAUACUUCUAUAUCCACAACAACAGAAGCGACGGCGACAACGACAAUGACAACUGCAACGACAACGACAACGAGUCUGUCUUUGACCACUACUGCGACUUCCGCAUCCAAUAAAAGCGGAAGCACCCUAUCAGGAGGAGCUAUUGCGGGAAUUGUAAUAGGUGUGGUCGCUUUCAUCGCUAUCAUCGCACUGGUUUGGAAUCGAAUAAAACUCAUGGCAUGGGUUCACCAAAAGACGACGCCACGAUCAGAUCGGAUGGAACGAAUAGAAACGAAUAACCUCGACUUCAGUCCAAGUUGGUACCCGAAUGGAAGAAGUGACACGACGUACAAGAGUGAGAUGCUAGUUGAGCCCCCGGAGCUGGAAUCAAGGAGGGCACUUAUAGAGUUACCGGAGCGAGGGCUAUCAGAGUUGAAUUAA